AAUAUUGAUAAAAUGGAGGUUUCCUAGAAAAGAGACAAAGUAACCGUCUUUUUAAUUAACCUCGUGAUUUGAGAACAGGAAAGUCAUAAAGUAAUUCAAAGAAAAGUUUGAAGUACGACAUAUACUAAUCAGCUUCAAUGAUGACCAAGCCUGUAGGUAUUGAUAAUGAAGGUUCUAUGAAGCUGUUAAUUUUUUCAAAACUAUAUAUCAAUUCCCACGAGCCUGUUUCAUGCUCCAAUGAAAUGUCUACUCUUUCACCAUUUCUUAUCCAUGAAGAUGUCCAAACUCAGAAGUUUGGUUAGAUCUUCCAUCUUUCCUUCCCUUAAUUCAUUCAAAUUCAAAAGAAACAAUUUUUUUCACUACUUUUAUCUUCAUCUUUCAACUUUCACCUGAUUAUAUUAUGUGAUGAAAAUCAAUGCAAGUGCAUUGACUUUUUGUAAAAGAAAAUAAGGAAAACAGCAACAAGCCAACGCAACUUCCUGUUCAUCACCAACCAUGCAAUAGUCAACCCGCAAGCUGCAUUAUAAUACUCUUCCUUGGGUCAUGGUCAGCAUGGCUGCUGCCUUUAGCCUCUUAUAUUUAUCCCCCCUUACCAUGCAUUCCCAUCUUCAUCUUAAUCUUCAUCUUCAUCUUCAUCUUCAUCUCUAUCUCUAUCUUACAACCACCAUGAGUCCUCCAUCCAAAGAACUCAAAGGCAUUCGUCCAACACCACUAAAAAUCCAAAAAACCAUUCACAAACCUUCCUCUUCAUCAACUUCGCGACAAAACCCAGUGAUCAUCUAUGCACACUCGCCGAAGAUCAUUCAUACGCACGCCCAUGACUUCAUGGCUCUUGUUCAGAAGCUCACCGGCAACCACAACAACAGCAGCGAAACAGCCUCACAUCCAGAAGCUCAUACAGAUGAUGAUACUUUGAAUGUCAGUAGAGAUAUUAAAGUCAGUUGUAGCUUGUUCUCACCUGUGUCAAAGAUUCCAUUGAGCUUCGAUGAUGUCCCCCUCUUCACUCCAACCAUCUUCACUCCGUCAAUGAACUUCUACGAGUUGUUUUGCUCACCCAUGCCCCUUUCAGCUUCACCUUCUCUCUUAGAGGCUGUGAGAACCAUUCCUGACUUGUGAUAAUUGUUUCAGACAGAAGAUCUGUAAUUCUGUAGAUUCAAUUCAUUCUUUGCUUUUUCAACUUUGAUUGUUUGUAUAUUCAGAUUCAACAUUGUAAGUUUGUUUGCAAGCAUAUGACACUGACUUGUUAAGAAAUCACCCAUUCUUUUAUUGCUGGCUUGUAUUUGAUGCUAUGCACAGCCACGAUUCCGGAGAAUUUAAGAACGCACCCUUAUUUAAAGCACAUCAAACUGUACAGGAAAGUGGAUUAC